CUUUAUUUUCUUCUAUAUUUGUGUUCUUUUUCUUCUUCUUUAUUACUAUUAUUAUUGUAAAAAUAUGUCUCCUAUUACAGUUUCUGAAAGUGUCUAUCCAGCAAAACAAGGUGAAGGUGAAGUAAGACGCUCAGUUUUGAGUUUGGAAGAUUUAGUAGACACGCCUGCUCAGGGAGUUCAUACAGUUUAUGAUGUGUUACAAUACUCUGUUAAAAAACGUAGUGAGCAAAAUGCAUUAGGAUAUCGCAAGCUAAUACAAACUAUAACAGAAGAAAAACAAGUAACAAAGAUGAUAGAUGAUAGUGGCAUUGAAGUAAAACAAAAAAAGGAAUGGAAGUAUUUUCAACUCUCUCCGUAUCAUUAUGUCACUUAUGCUGAAUUAUCGAAAAUCGUUCAUGACAUUGGUUCUGGCUUGAUUUAUUAUGGUUUAAAAAGUUCAAAAUCCAGGAUAGAAAUAUUUUCUCCAACAAGUAUGGAUUGGAUGUCUGUUGCACAUGGCGCUUUUACACAAAAUAUGGCAGUUGUAACGGCUUAUGAAACAUUAGGUGCAGAUGGUUUACUUCAUUCAAUGAAUGAAGCACAAGUAGAUGCUGUGUUUACAACUGCUGAGCUCUUGAAGACAGUAGCUAGCAUUUUAUCUAAAUGUCUUCAUAAAUCUUUACUUCUUAUUAUUUACACAGGUGAAGCGAAAGAAGAGGAUCUUGCUUCCAUUCAUGAUAUCAUUGGGCAGGAGGAUCGUGUGAUCACUUUGGAUCAGCUUAAGAAAGUAGGUCACGAAAACCCUAAAAGGGCAACUAAACCUGGACGUGAUGAUUUAUGCUGUAUUAUGUAUACCUCUGGCAGUACAGGGGUUCCUAAGGGUGUUAUCUUGAAUCAUUCAAAUAUUGUUGGUGCAAUUGCAGGAGUAGAUACUUUACUGGGACAUUGUAUUAUAGGUGGUGAAGAUACUAUGAUGGCUUAUCUUCCAUUAGCCCACGUUCUUGAAUUUUUAGUAGAAAAUCUUUGUUUAUUUUGGGGCGUCACAUUAGGUUAUGGCUCUCCUCGUACAUUGACAGAUAUUUCAGUACGUCAUUGUCAGGGAGAUAUAAAAGAAUUUAAGCCCUCUAUACUGACAGGUGUUCCAGCUGUAUGGGAAUCGAUUCGUAAAGGUGUCUUGAACAAUGUAGCCAAAAUGAGUCCUACUAGUCAAGCCAUUUUCCAUCGUGCUUUUACUACUAAAUCUUGGCUUAUGGAAAGAGGUCUUUCUACAGGAUUUUUAGAUUCACUCAUCUUUAAUAAGAUUAAAGAACAAGUGGGUGGUCGUCUUCGUUACGGUUUAGCCGGAGGUGCUCCUGUUUCAUUAGAAACGCAACGCUUUCUUUCUAUUACUUUGGGUCCCAUCCUUAAUGGAUUUGGUAUGACUGAGUCAGUGGGAAUGUGCUGUAUAAUGACACCUGAUAAUUUUAAAUAUGGUGCAGUAGGUGGGCCUGUUCCUUGUUGUGAGAUCAAGCUAGUGGAUGUUCCUGAUGCUAAUUACGUAACAACUAAUCCUGAUAAAUCUCAAGGUGAAAUAUGGGUACGUGGUUCUUCAAUUGCUCAGGGGUACUUUAAACAAGAUAAGCUGACAAAGGAAACAUUUACAGAAGAUGGCUGGCUUAAGACAGGUGAUAUAGGAGAAUGGAAUCCUGAUGGUACCUUGACUAUUAUUGAUCGUAUCAAAAAUCUUGUGAAAUUGAGUCAUGGAGAAUAUAUUGCGCUUGAAAAGUUAGAAUCAAUUUAUAAAUCGACGAUGGGCGUCAACACUAUUUGUCUCUAUGCUGAUUCAUUCAGUCCUCGACCCAUUGCAAUUGCCAUGCCAAUUCAAGCCCAUCUUAAACAAUUGAAUGCUCGAAUCUAUGAUGACAAUAAUAAUAAUAAUAAAUCAUUUAAAGAAUUAUGUCAAGAUCAAGGAGUGAAAGAGGCAUUUUUAUUAGAACUUCAACAGCAAGCAAAGAAAUCAGGACUUGGGCCUGCUGAAACGAUAUAUGAUGUUUAUUUAACUCAUGAAGAAUGGUCACCUGAGAAUGGCCUUUUGACAGCUGCACAAAAAUUAAAACGUAAUGUUAUUCAUCAACAUUAUAGAGAACAAUUAAAUGCUAUGAAUAAGCUUCAAAAAGUCUAAAAAUAUAUCUGAAUAAAGAUAAAAUAGUAUUAUUAACAUACACACGUGUAUAUAAAUAAAUACAUAUCUCAUCACAUUAUCUGAAUUACAAUAAUAAAAAAGAGGCUUUUGAUAAUCAUUUUUUAGUACUUGUUUUGUCUGUGCUUUAUAUACUUGUACUCUCUCUCUUUCUCUCUCUUUCUCUCUCUUCCCCUCUUAC